UGUAAUGAAUAACUGGCAGUCUCAAUAAACUAAUUAAUAUAGUAUAUCUAUGAUAUCUCAAAACUUGCAGAGAAUAAUUACAGUGAAUAAGUUUAUCCAUUUUGACAAGAUAAAGUUUAUCAUACAUAAUGAUUGAUACUAACCAAAUAAUCUUAGUUUCAUAAUGUUAAAAAAUCUAUACAGUGAUAAUAUUUUUUAUUAAAUGUAUUCAAUAAAAUCAUUUAUGAGGCCAUCUUGAUUGACAAUGAAACAUGUCUACUACAUAUUAAAAAAAAGGCUACUCGAUAAAGGAUCAUUGAACUCAGGAAUUUUCUGUGUGAACAAUGGGUAAGAAUAACAGACAUCAAAAGAACCUGAAAUCUGAAAGGGCUAAAGUUAAGUUAAAAGCAAAGAAAACUAAGCCACUGCCUAAAGGUCUUAAUGUUACUGACACCAGUUUUAAAGUCAAGAAAAUAGUGAUUCGAGAACAACUCAAGCAACAGAACGAGUCUGAGAUUCUCAGUCGUAGAAAGCUUAAUGUUAAGGAUCUUUUGUCACGACUACAACAUUAUAAUUCAAGUGUACGACAGGAGGCAGUGAAGGAACUUAAAGAAAUUUUGCAACAGUACUCUACAGAGAUACUUAGUUCACAGUUGAAUGCUCUGCUUCAAGGGAUAGCUGCACUGUCAUUGGACAGGGAAAAAGACAUUAGGAGAGAUUCAUUAAAAGUUUUGAAUCUGAUCUUAAGUCCAAUAUCCAGUGAACAAUUGGCACCUUAUUUUGAUGUCCUUAUAUCGUAUCUGUGCUGUGCCAUGACACACAUAGCUCCAAACAUAAAGGAAGAUUCAUUAAUGUUUUUGGAUGUAAUCGUACAGAAUUGUGCUGGUCUGCUCGCUAAGAGUAGUCAUAAAAUUUUACCAAAUUUCUUGGACAUGAUAUCAAAACUAAACGUUGAAUCGCAACCUGGUAGACAACUUACAACAAAUCUGAAUUCAAAAAAUACAAGUGUGAAGUGGCGAAUCAAGGUUCUUUCUAGACUAUGUAGUAUAUUGAGUUCUAUUGUUAAUGAUAAAAAAUCUCAACAAACCAAGAAUUUGAUUAAUGAUAACAAAGUUAUUCACAUUGGUAAAGAACUAAAAUAUAUUCUCAUACAUGAUCAAUUUAAAAAACAAGUGUGUCACAUUAACUUCGAUACAAAUGAUACAAGUGCAAAUCAUAAUUCUGAGAGUGUUUUGACCUUUAAAGAUUUGACCAAGUAUGUAAAUGUUCUGAUGCCUUUGAUGUUUGACAGUUGGAUUGAAGUUUGUCCUAAAGAUCAAACGAGUUACUCAGAUUUAAUCAUUUCUAAUGAAGCAUCGAUUUUGCUCAAAAAUAUUCUUGACGUUAUCUAUUUCAUCAUUGAGUACAUCAACGUUUUGGAAUCUUCAUCAAACACUAGUGAGAUGAGUGUGUGGUUAAAGAAUAACUUUCAAAACAGUGUUUUGAAAAAUCUGUUAGUGAAGUUCCCAUACAGUCAAAUUAAAACCGUACAACGAACACGCAAGAGGCAAGAAGACUUUGCGAAAAUGGAAUUGAAUACCAAAUGUUUGGAGCAGAAUCUACAAAUUUGUCAUAUCUACGUGUGGUUCACAUCAGUUCACAAUAGUGGAAGCUUAGACAAGGAGCUUUGCAAUCAUAUAUUGGAUUAUUUAAAUGAGUCACUGGAGUCCUGGUCCAGCACGGAUAAUUCGGCUUUGCCUGCUUUAAUUAGAACUCUCAGAACACUUUUUCUGAAAGCUAGCAAGAUUUGGUACAAGAAUCACAUAAAUCUUGGGAACACCUUAAAGAUUAUAAUAAGCACAUAUUCCCAGCCACCAAAGAAAGAAUUACACUUUCAACUUUUCAAUAUUCUCAGUGAGAUUAUCCUAGAUCACAAUUUGGUGGAGUUGCAUAACGAAGAGGCUUUUCAAGACUUUGUAUCUUCACUGCCAGACUUGUUACUCCGAAAGAGCAUCUAUGAUAACACGAUACAAAUGUUAAAUUGUAUCGCACUUCGUUAUAGAAAAUGGAUUGAGAAUGAAUUGCUUCAAAAACGGGAAGCUAUUAUUGAAAACGCCAAGAAUAUUGAGAUCAUCGGUAGCGCGGACGAAAAGUGUUCCAGAUUAACAAUAUGCAACCUUUUUCAUUUCACAGACUCACAAGUCUACUACUGAAGACGACAAUCGGUGAGUAACACUUCUCUUCUCUAAACAAAAAAGAAGAAAGAUUAAUUGAAACUUUUGAUUGUAUCCAAUGAAAAAAGCAAAAACGAAAGUAAGUAGAACAUAAUAUUACAUUGAGUAGAUGCAAUAAAUCAGAGAAAAAAGCUACAGGCGUGAGAUUUUUUUUCUAAAAUCAAAUUACCUGUGUGAAGGAUAGCCAGGACUUCUACAGUGGGGGUGAAUGUAUAGUUAGAUAUUCUAAAUUGUAAAGAAAUGUUAAAAAAAGGCGAGAAUCAACUAAAACCAAAAUUCGUGUGAAUUUAAACGCGAACCAUCCAUGAAAACAUAUUGUAAAUAGCACAAAGUAUUAUGAAACGAAUUUAAAAAACUCACAGGCACAGUGGGAAGAGUCUUUAACGACUUUACAGAGUGGAUUUUCUAAUCAAUGAAGUAUUGAUGAAGAUGUAUUGGCUAAGUAGACGAGUAUUUUGAACUUAUAAACAGGUGUAUAAGCCUUAUUAAGAAUAAACCAUUUACCAAUAAAGAAUCUCGUACGGUUUAUAGGUAGAAAAUUGAAGUAUGUAAUAGAUUCGAUGAUCGCAUGGUUCGCCAAGGCGAAGAAUUGUAGUUAUAACGUACGUUUAGCUAAGUAUGUAUGCGAAAGGAUGAGUGGAAGAUAUUCCGGAAUAAAUAAAGAAAUAAUAAAUAAAAAGAAA